AACUGCGAACAACUAUAAAAACUGUUGUCUCGACUGAAGGCAGUCACACUGCGUCAAGAUGAGGGCGCGGGUCGUCAUUCACUUCCUGUGCUUUGCCUUGGCCGCAACAAUAUGUGCUGGGCAGUCUACGAACUUGGGUAUUCCAGACCUGCCUGGCAACUGGACAGGAAAUGGAACAGACAUCCCAGAACCACCUGGUAACUGGACAGGAAAUGGAACAGAUAUCCCUGAACCACCUGGUAACUGGACAGGAAAUGGAACAGACAUUCCAGAACCGCCUGGUAACUGGACAGGAAAUGGAACAGAUAUCCCUGAACCACCAGGCAACUGGACAGGAAAUGGAACUGAUAUUCCAGAACCACCAGGUAACUGGACAGGAAAUGGAACAGACAUUCCAGAACCGCCUGGUAACUGGACAGGAAAUGGAACAGAUAUCCCUGAACCUCCAGGCAACUGGACAGGAAAUGGAACUGAUAUUCCAGAACCGCCAGGUAACUGGACUGGAAAUGGCACAGACAUUCCAGAACCGCCAGGCAACUGGACAGGGAAUGGAACAGAUAUCCCUGAACCACCUGGUAACUGGACAGGGAAUGGUACAGACAUCCCAGAACCCCCAGGUAAUUGGACAGGAAAUGGAACAGAUAUCCCUGAACCACCAGGUAAUUGGACAGGAAAUGGAACAGAUAUCCCUGAACCACCAGGUAACUGGACAGGCAAUGGUACAGACAUUCCAGAACCACCUGGUAACUGGACAGGAAAUGGGACAGAUAUUCCUGAACCACCUGGUAACUGGACAGGAAAUGGAACAGACAUUCCAGAACCACCUGGUAACUGGACAGGGAAUGGAACAGAUAUCCCUGAACCACCAGGUAACUGGACAGGAAAUGGAACAGACAUUCCAGAGCCGCCUGGUAACUGGACAGGAAAUGGAACAGAUAUCCCUGAACCACCAGGUAACUGGACAGGCAAUGGUACAGACAUUCCAGAACAACCUGGUAACUGGACAGGAAAUGGGACAGAUAUCCCUGAACAACCUGGCAACUGGACAGGAAAUGGAACAGAUAUCCCUGAACCACCAGGCAACUGGACAGGAAAUGGAACUGAUAUUCCACAACCACCAGGUAACUGGACAGGAAAUGGAACUGAUAUUCCACAACCACCAGGUAACUGGACAGGAAAUGGAACAGAUAUCCCUGAACCACCAGGUAACUGGACAGGAAAUGGAACAGACAUUCCAGAACCACCUGGUAACUGGACUGGAAAUGGAACAGAUAUUCCAGAACCCCCAGGUAACUGGACAGGAAAUGGUACUGAUAUCCCAGAACCACCGGGUAACUGGACUGGAAAUGGAACAGGUUUGCCACUACAAUCUGGCAACUUGGCAAGUAGCACAUCUGGUACGCCUGCUGGGCCAUCUAACUCUGUCGGAAGUGAUGCGAAUAAUCCAGGUUCUUCUGAGUCACAGCAAGAGUCUCCUCCCAGUCUUAAUAUGCCAUGGUUUAAUCUUUUGCCUCACAGAAUAGAAAAUCUUCCUGCCUUCAAUCCUGGACUGAACCCAAUUUUUAAUUUCCUUCGUACUAUACAACAGCUGCAUAACAGACGUCCCUUCUUUGUAAUAUAGAAUGCAAUGAUUUUAUUGCUAUUAGUCCAUGUAUGUUCUCUGUAACGCAUAGGAAUGAAUACUGGGAUUCAGUGUUCAAGUUUGGUUGUUGUAUUGCCUAUAUUGUCUCUUGACAAACACUUCGUCUCAUGAUAUUUUCCUCCCAAGUAUCCAUUCUUCAUGAAUUAGAUACUGGUCUCCCACACUAACAUUUCAGUAAAAUUUGUCUCUGUAAAUCUUCAUUUUUUUCUGUUGUUUGGCCAAAAAUUGACCAUGCGAUGAAGAGGUAUUAAAUUCAUUCCUGCAAUUACGGCAAAACGACGUAUUAUGUCCUUUAUGUUGUUUGGGGAUUUUGUAAGUUUAUCGGCUAGGAAUGAAGAGAUAUUGCUUUUGGAAAAUAUGUUCAGAACAUUUUAUUUUUUAUUUUCGAUUAAAUAUUCACAAUAAAGUAUGUGUAAUAAGUAUUGUACGAGUAACACUCUACUGUUCUGGCCUUAAGGUUAGUGGCAGUAUGAACCAACUCCAAGGAACGACUGGUAAUAAUAACGUUGUUUACUUGACUUUUUGGAGGAUUAUUUUAUUAAAAGUACCCGUUGAGAAAUUCGAAAAUGAUAAUCUGUGAAUGUGUAAUAAAUAUGUAUGCACCUUUUUUUAAAUUGUUGUAUAAUGUGAACUACAUUCUGUAAAUGACGCCUUUGCUACUCUUAAAUAGAUUUAAUUAACGUAUAGUAUUUUAGAUACGUUAACAUAUUUCUUAGUACCCUGUCCAGAUUCAGAAUGAAUCGGUAGCGUAGUAAAAACAGCUGUAUUUGAUCUUCAUCAUGGAAAACAAAAUUUAGAGUGACGAUUUAUAAAAGUUAAAAGUAAACUCAUAUUUAUGCAAAUUAGCAUUCACAAUAUUUAAAAUAAAUAAAAUUAUUCUUAUCCGUUGA